GUUCAUCUAACCGGAUUUCACUCCUUCGUUGCAGUACUGCCACGUCGCUUCAUCAAAAAAUCCUUGAAAAACAGCAAAAAUGUUUCACCAAAAAAUGAAAAACCAUCUUCGUAUUAUUCUCACCUCCCCCACCUUUCACUCCUUUCCAACGCACACACAACCCUCACCAAAAAUCAAGUUUCCGCAACAACCUCAACGGAUCCCCAGACUUUCAACCCUAAACCCCUUUGCGGCUUAUAUGGAGUACUUCAAAAGGUUGUUUCCGAGUAUGAUCUUCCCCUCAUGUUUUUGAAACAUGGACUAACAAUUGGUAUCAGAGCCGAUCGAGAACCGAUCAGAAGAACUCCUGCAGAAUACUAUGUUUUUGUUUACGUUGUUCUUACUGUCGAUUUUUGCUCUGUAAUUUUG